AUGCAGAUAGUCUCUCCUCAAGGUUUUAGUGGUGGUCUAGUUGUACUUUGGAAAGAUCAUGUUUCUGUUUCUGUUGUUUCUUUUGAUUCUCGCCUUGUUGAUCUUUCAGUUGAAUACAAAGCUUUUCGUUUUUACUUGUCUUGCAUCUAUGGACAUCCAAUGCCUCAUCUAAGACAUUGCUUGUGGAAAAAAUUGCAGAGAAUCUCAGUCUCACGCCAAGGUCCAUGGAUGAUGUGUGGCGACUUUAAUGAGAUUCUGAAUCAGUCAGAGAAGAGAGGUGGCAGAGUCAGAGCAGCAAGUAGCUUUCGUGAUUUCAACCAGAUGAUGACUAUAUGUGAUAUGACGGAUAUCAAGCAUAAAGGGAAUAGGUUUAGUUGGGUGGAAAAUACAAGAAAUGGAAUAGUGGAGUGUUGUUUAGAUAGAGUUAUGGCAAAUUCAGAAUGGAGGUCUUUAUUUCCUGCUUCAGAAACAAAAUUUUUGGAUAUGGCUGAGUCGGAUCAUCGUCCGAUGAUAGAAUACAAGCUUUUCCAUGGAGUAACCAAGAUAAGGAAACCGAAGACAUGUAUCAAGAGAAUCAUUGAUGAGGAAGGAAUCACACACACCAAAGAUGAGGCUAUUGCAAAGGUGGCUGAAGACUACUUUGUGAAAAUGUUCACAGCUUCAGAUACGAUUCCAGUGGAUGAUGUAAUCCCGACUAUGGAAAGGAAAGUUACAGACGAGAUGAAUACUCAGCUUACGCAACCAGUUACUGAUACUGAGAUUAAGGAAGCAAUGUUCUUAAUAGGAUCAGACAGAGCACCAGGUCAUGAUGGGUUCUCUGCCUCUUUCUAUAGACAGUUUUGGAAUCAAAUAGGCCCAGAUGUGUGCCUAAUGGUUAGAAAUUUUUUCGUGACAGGGACUUUGGAACCGCGGAUGAAUCAUACCCAAAUCUGCCUCAUCCCAAAGAUUACUGAUGCGGAUCAGAUGAAGGAUUAUAGGCCAAUAAGUUUAUGCACGGUAAACUACAAGAUAAUAUCUAAGAUAUUGGUAUUACGGCUGAAGAAAAUUUUAGAUAUUGUCAUAUCAGAUACUCAGGCUGCUUUUGUUCCAGGUAGACAAAUUACUGAUAAUAUCAUGGUAGCACAUGAGAUAAUGCAUGCACUGAAGUCAAAAAAGGAUUGUGCAGCAAAAUAUAUUGCCAUCAAGACAGAUAUUAGUAAGGCAUAUGAUAGGGUGGAAUGGGACUUUCUAGAAGCUGUGAUGAUGAAGAUGGGUUUCUCUGCGAAGUGGACUAGUUGGAUAAUGGCAUGCGUUAGAUCAGCCUCGUUGUCGGUGCUCAUCAAUGGCUCAGAUUAUGGCUUCAUUCAACCAAGUCGAGGAAUUCGACAAGGUGACCCUCUAUCACCUUAUUUGUUUCUCUUUUGUGCUGAAACAUUAUCCCAAAUGCUUGUCCAGGCAAAAGUGAAAAAGGAAUUCAAGGGUAUGAAAAUAACGAAACAUAGCCCAUCUAUCUCACAUCUAUUAUUUGCUGAUGAUUCGUUAUUUUUCUGUGAGGCAACGAAUGAAGACUGCUCUCGGAUAGCACGAGUCUUGAAGGAUUACGAAGCAAUUUCAGGUCAGAUGGUUAAUCUCCAAAAAUCUUCAAUUAUUUUUGGAAUGAAGAUUUCACAUACGAGAAAAAUAUUAAUUCAGAGCAUCUUGGGCAUCAGGAAUAUAGGAGGGGGAGGGAAAUAUUUGGGACUCCCAGAGCAAUUUGGAAGAAGUAAAACAGAAGCUUUCCAGGGUUUGGUGGAUGGAGUGAAGAAAACGGUGAAUGGGUGGGUCAAUCAGGUUUUGAGUACGGCUGGCAAAGAAGUUUUGAUAAAAUCAUGUGGCACAGGCGAAACCGCUAAAGUGUAUCGUGGAAGAUACCAAAAAUCAUCGACAUUCUUGGAGUCGGUGUGUGGAGUUAAUCCGUCUUAUGGAUGGAGAUCAAUUCAAGCAGGUAAAGACUUGCUAAGAAAAGGGUUACAAGUGCGUAUAGGAGAUGGUAAGAGCACAAGUGUAUGGGAGGAUCACUGGUUACCAGUUCUGCCUCCAAGACUGGCUACAAGAAGGAUAUCACAGAGUCAAAUGAAAGUGGAACACUUAUGGAAACCGGACCUUACUGAGUGGGAGGACACAAUGUUAGCUUCCGUCUUAACUCUUCCGGGAGAUAUGGCUUUAGCAAAGACAAUCAAAUUAUCAAGGUAUGCGUCACAUGAUGAAUAUUAUUGGGCAUAUAAUACUGAUAGAGUUUACACUGUCAAGUCAGGCUAUUGGGUUGCAACUCAUGUAAGGCAAUAUCAGGAGCGAUCCCCACUGGAGAACGAUUAUGCUCAAGAGAGGUGUGCAAAUAUCUCCACAUUUGAUGCUGCCAAUGUGGAGUUAGAGGAUAAUAUGAGAAGGAUGUUGUCAAUAUUGGAUUCAUCACAACUGCCAAAUGAGGCAAAUCCAAUGGAACAAGAUGACAGAAAUGUCCAUAGAUCUCCUUCAUCUCAAUGGGAGCCACCUCCUAUCGAUUUUCUUAAAUGCAACUUUGACAGUAGUUACUGUCGAGAUUUAGACUACAUGAGAGUUGGUUGGAUCGUAUGGGAUUCUAAUGGGGCAUAUUUAGAUGCAGGUUGGCCAAAACUAAAUAGAGUGGGAUCAGCUUUGGAGGCAGAAGCAACAGGUUUUCUCUAUGUCGUUCAACGUAUGUGGAGCAAGGGCUGGAGACAAAUUUGGUUUGAAAGUGAUAAUCAGGAGCUCACGAGGAUUAUUAACAAACAACAGCAUCAUGUGGAGUUAGGUAACUUAAUCUUUGAUAUCCGUCACUGGAUACAAAAAUUAUCUCUUUGCUCUCUGGAUCAUGUAAACAGGGAGAAAAAUCAAGCUGUUGUGCUCGAAAUUUGUCCAUAG